CCUAUAGCCAGCAGAUCUAGGCGCUUUAGCAAAGAAGACCAGGAGUUUAUCAAUCAGGAAGUUACAAAACUCCUGUCUGAAGGAAUUAUUGAGCCUACCAUAACACCAUGGAGAGCACAAAUUGUUGUUUCUAAAGAUCCCUCAAACCGGCACAAGAAGAGGCUCUGUAUUGAUUACUCUCAAACCAUCAAUCAAUGUACAGAGCUUGAUGCGUGCCCUCUUCCUUGGAUCGAUGACAUGAUCAACAACCUAGCACAAUACAAAGUUUUCUCAACGUUUGAUUUAAAGAGUGCUUACCAUCAAGUACCGAUAAAGGAGUCCGAUCGAAAGUUUACUGGGUUCAAAGCUAAUGGAAGACUGUAUCAAUUUUGCCGUAUACCGUUUGGCGUCACUAAUGGAGGCCUGGUGCUUUCCAGAGAGCAAUGGACAAAUUUGUUGACGAGGAGAACCUCAAUGACACAUUUCCAUAUCUGGACAACAUAACGGUGGUUGGACGAGAUCAAAAGGAACAUGACGUAAAUGUUCCGGCAUUUCAUGAAGCAGUCCAACGCAGGAACCUUACCUUGAAUGAAAGCAAAUCAAUCGAAUCCAAGACAUCCAUCAAUGUAUUAGGUUAUCGGGUUGGCAAUGGGGUGAUCGCUCCUGACGAGGAAAGACUCCGCCCACAUCAAGAUUUUCCGCCGCCAGAGAGUAUCCGCUCCCUUCGCAGGGUGAUUGGCAUGUUUGCUUACUAUGCGAAGUGGAUACCGAAUUUCUCUGAUACGAUAAGACCCUUGACGCAAACUACUACCUUCCCAUUAGAUAAGGCAGCAUUAUCGGCAUUUAAUAUGCUUAAGAAGGAACUUGAAGGUGCAACUCUUCAUUCCAUAGAUGAAACUCUUCCCUUUGUGGUUGAGAGUGAUGCGUCAGAUGUCGCUUUGUCUGCUACACUUAACCAAGGUGGUCGUCCUGUUGCCUUCAUGUCCAGAACUCUCCAAAGUAGUGAACUACAUUACCCCGCUGUUAAGAAAGAAGCUAUGGCUAUCAUAGAAGCAGUCCGUAAGUUGCGACAUUUUCUUGCUGGUCGUCACUUCACACUUAAAACCGACCAACGUUCCGUCGCAUUUAUGUUUGAUAGCAGGAAGCGCACGAAGAUAAAGAACAAUAAAAUGCAAGACUGGCGACUUGAAUUAGCUUCUUUUAGCUACACUGUGGAGUACAGACCUGGUAAGGACAAUGUAGCCCCAGAUUCAUUUACCCGAGCUUUCACUUCUUCAAUGUCAACGUCAGAGGGUCUCAUGGGAAUCCAUACAGCACUUAGCCAUCCUGGUGUGACUCGAAUGCUGCACUUCAUAAGGUCGAAGAAUUUACCCUAUUCUACCGAAGAUGUCAAGAAGACAUGUUCAUCGUGUAGAGCUUGCGCAGAGCUCAAACCACAGUUUUACCGACCGCAGGCUGGAGUCCUUAUCAAAGCUACGCAGCCGAUGGAACGAUUGAACAUCGAUUUCAAGGGGCCUCUACCAACAUCAUCUCGUAAUGCAUAUUUGUUGACUGUGGUGGAUGAAUAUUCUCGCUUUCCGUUUGCGUUUCCCUGUCCAAACAUGCACACCUCGACAGUUAUCAAAUGUCUUGAUCAGAUAUUCGCUCUUUGUGGUAUGCCUAGUUACAUUCACUCGGAUCGUGGUGCCUCAUUCCUUUCACAAGAACUCAAGGAGUACUUGUCUCGACGAGGGAUAGCAACAAGCAAAACAACCCCCUACCACCCAAUUGGAAAUGGCCAGGUCGAACGUUAUAAUGGUAUUAUUUGGAAGGCUGUUCGACUUUCCCUCAAGUCAGCAAAUCUACCUGAUUCAAAAUGGGAACUGGUGCUUCCAGACGUUCUUCAUUCCAUAAGAUCACUCCUCUCUACCUCUACUAAUACCACCCCACACGAGAGAUUUUUCAACUUCCAACGACGUUCAUCUCGAUCUGGGAACUUCGCUACCAUCCUGGCUACAAAACCCGGGACCGGUCCUGUUAAGGCGUUUUGUUAGAACAAGCAAGAACGACCCGUUUGUCGACCAAGUAGAACUAACGGAUGCAAACCCCACUUACGCCCAUGUGAAGUACCCCGAUGGAAGAGAGUCCUCAGUCUCCCUUCGAGAUCUAGCUCCUUGCCCCAUUACUCCUGUCCGGAAUGAACCACAAGGAACCCUACCAAGCGGAGAAGUGGAAAACGGACUAGCUCCGAAUGUUCCAGAUCCCGUGGCCGUUGAUUCACAACAGGAUUCAACUACAUCGCCAACGGCUUCUGAUCCACAGCAGUAUUCAACAACGCAAGUACCUGCACUCAGACGUUCAACUCGUCAAGUUAAACCACCAUCUCGUUAUGGUUG